CACAAAUACUACACCUUACUACUACGCUACAACGCAUUACUAUCAUUGUCUUUACCGUGGUGCUUCAUUAAGAGGUCACAGAAUGGUGGCGUGCUCGGGGGUCCUCUUGGUAAAGGUGCUGCUGUUCUUUCUGCAUGUGUCCCAAGGGUCUGACGAGGUAGACCACGAAGCCCAGGAGAUGGCUUUAGCUCUUCAGCUAGAAGAAGAGGUGUACCCCGAAGGUGGCAGCAACAGGAGGGAAGUCGGGGCACAUUUCUACAGGAGCAAUAUGGAUGCUUGGCGUUUCCCAGGUCAGUAUGUAGUAGUACUGAAACCAAACACUGACAAAUCACAUACUCAGAGGACAAUCCGUAGACUACAGGCUAAAGCAGCAAAGCAUGGCUACUUGACUGAUGUUAUUCACAUUUUCCAUGCUGCCUUUCAAGGCUUUGCCAUCAAGAUGAGUAGCGAUGUGUUAGACUUGGCUUUGAAACUUCCACAUGUGGACUUCAUUGAAGAAGAUUCGUAUGUGUUUGCACAGUCUGUUCCGUGGAACCUGAACAGGAUUGUCCCAGUACAGCAUGUGACUGGUCACUUUAAGCCUCCUAAUAAUGGAGAUCAGGUGGAGGUGUACUUGUUGGACACCAGUAUCCAAAGUAACCACAGAGAACUUGACGGCAGAAUCUUAGUGACUGACUUUGAAAACAUUCCAGAAGAAGAUGGCACUCGCUUUCAUAGGCAGGCUGGCAAAUGUAACAGUCAUGCAACUCACACAGCAGGAGUGGUGAACGGCCGAGACUCGGGUAUUGCAAGAGGGGCUAAUGUUCGCAGUCUCCGUGUGCUAAACUGUCAAGGCAAAGGGACGGUCAGUGGAAGCCUGGCAGCCCUGGAAUUCAUCCAGAACACAUUGAAUGAACAGCCAUAUAGUCCUCUGAUAAUACUCCUUCCCUUUACUGGAGGGCAUAGCAAUAUUCUGAAUAUGGCCUGUCGGACAAUGUCUCAUAAAGGAGUGGUGAUGAUUACAGCUGCUGGAAAUUACAAAGAUGAUGCUUGUUUGUACUCCCCUGCUUCAGAACCUGAGGUUAUAACUGUUGCAGCUACCAACUACGAAGAUCAGCCUGCCUCCAUGGGACACCUUGGCACCAAUUUUGGCCACUGCGUGGACAUCUUUGCCCCUGGUGAUGACAUUGUUAGUGCUUCCAGUGACUGUACUACAUGUUUCACAUCACAGAGUGGGACAUCACAGGCAGCAGCUCACGUUGCUGGUAUUGCAGCAGUGAUUCUGAACUCCAAUAAGAGUAUGACCGUUUCAGAUGUGAGGCAAAGGCUGAUCCACUUUUCUUCAAAACACCUUAUGAACAAAGCUUUGUUUCCUGAGGACCAGCGGCUCAUCACACCAAACAGAGUAGUGGCGCUGCCUUCUAAGAUUGUUGAAGAAGAACUGUUGUUUUGCCGAACAGUCUGGUCCAAGCGAUCUGGUUUGUCUCGUACAGCCAUAGCAACUGCUCACUGUAAUGAGAAGGAAGAGAUGUUCAGUUGUUCCAGUUACUCUGAGAACGACAAGCGAAGAGGAGAACAUAUAGAGCAUCAUGGUGGAAAGAAGAUGUGCACUGCUCACAAUGCAUUCGGUGGACAAGGUGUAUAUGCAGUUGCAAGGUGCUGCAUCUGGCCAAAAGCAGACUGUCACACUAACUCUACAGCUUCAGCUGAGGAUGCUGUUGAGGCAGACAUCGGCUGCUCCAAGGAGGAUCACAUCCUAACUGGUUGUAGUUCAUAUUCUACCACAGGACAACUGACUGACAGUGUAAAGCCUCUGUCCGAGAAAUGGAAUGAAAACACAACCUGCUCAGGUAGAAAAGAUGCAACAACACAUGCUUCCUGCUGCCACGCUCCUAGUCUUGAGUGUCAAGUCAAGGAACAUGCAUCUGUAGGCUUCACAGAAAAGGUGGUAGUGUCCUGUGAUGACGGCUGGACUGUGACAGGUUGCCACCCAUAUUCUCGAGGUUUCUCUACACAUGGGGCAUAUAUAGAAGAUAAUACAUGUAUUGUAACAAGUUCCCGGGGUGGAAAAGGGGCAGCAGCAGUUGCCAUUUGCUGUAGAAGCAAGCAUUCCAGUUUUCAUGGUUACAAUUCCAAUUACAAGUGAGAAUGAUUGUACACUAAAGUACAGAGCACCUAUAGCACACAGCCAUCAUUAUCUGUCUUCCAAAGAUUUUCUUCUUCAGAUGUUGUUUGACACUCUCUAGUCAGUGGUGGAUCUGGUUAACAUUUGAAGACUGCACUGUUUUAAGACAGCAGCUAGCAUUUUGCAGGUGCAUUUGUAAAGCUAGCUGUGACUUACAAACUUUUCUGAAUUGUGGUUGAAAGUUGACUAUUGUGAACCAUUAAGAACUUUAAACAUGAGACUUGCUAAUGGCUCCCAGUGUGAUCCUAAAUGUUUGUAAUAUAAAUGAGAAUAUUUUAGUAUAUUAUUUUACCAGAAAAAUGUCCAUAGUGAAGAAAUCAUUUUUAAAUUCCAUUUGUGAUGGAAUAUCAAACCUUUGUACUGGAAUUUGAAAAUUGCUUUUCUGUAUGGGGUGGAUGGGCUUUGUCCCCCACACCCAGUUUGCUAAUACAGCUGUGACCUCAGGGAAGGAGGAGUUCCCCCUACAUCAGUCUUUUUUUUUCAAACACCUUUAUUGAAUUAUCACAUGUUGAAAAUUGUGUUUUUGCGGUUGGGGAGCCUCAGAGCAGCAACUCCAAAAGAUAAUACACUCUCAGAAAAUAUUUCAGAGAUAUGGUUGCACUUGCUAAGUUAAGCCUUGACUAGACUAGUUCGAAGACUUCAGCUAGAGCCCAUGUGUGAUUGGUUAAUGGGUUUUGAGCCAACUCUUGGACAAAGCUUAAUGCCAGCUUUCCAGCACUGAUAGUUCAGUUCUGCUGUUAGCCUUAUGUCAAAACAGUGAAAUACCACUAAUAAAACUGUAUUGAUACUGCAGUAGCAGUUUUGUUUAGACGGAAACAUAUUCAUAUUUUUUUUAAAAAGUGGUAGAUUUUCAGCUGACAGUUUUGAUAGGACUGUCAGGUGUGGUUAUAGAAAUUUACCAUGCCUAUUGUAUGGAUUUCAGAAACAACCAUGGUUAUACAUAAAGAAGUUCUGAAGUGAAUCUGUUGUGAUAUUCUUAAAUAUGUUUUAAUUAGACAGCUGGAGAUUACAUGCUUCUGCAGAGAAAAAUUUAGUGUUAUUGUACUGCCUGUCAAAGCAGUGAAGACUGUAGUUGGUGAAUAAUGCAGACUUUCAGAAAGGCAUUGUCUUGCACAAAUAAGAAGUGCAUACUGAGAAAGUAGUGCUCUUUCAUAAAAUGGCACAGGCCUUGAACCUGAAAAUUGUUAAUCACAGUUUACUUCAACUGACUGUGUUACAGAUAUUAUGACACAUUUAUAGCUCUUGUGCAACUUUCAUCACAGCACCAUGUUACCACCAGAUUGUAGUGUUUUUUUUUAAGUCAUUUUUGUAUAUGUGCCUGCUGACCAAACAGCCUCUCCCACUGGACUUGAGCCCAAUUGUUCUCUUGCACUGGGAGAGUUACUCAAAAGAUGCAUGAGGAUGAGAGACAUCCAGCAGAAUGCAGGAAUGCAUUAGACAGCCAGCCAAGAGGGUUUUUUUUUUUUGUUUUGUUUAUACCUUCACCAGCAUCCUGGCUGCGAGGUCAUUCAUAUUAGUUCUAACUCCACCCCCUGGGUAAGGGGGAUGAGCUAGGAUGAGCUACCUGUGUUACCAUUAGAGACCUAAAAUGUCUACCCUUAUGAGUGCACAUUCCCCUGCUAGCUCUGUCAUCUGCCCAAGCCGCUAAUCAAACUCUCACCUGGCCUUGGUCAGGUCUUAUCACUCUACAACAAACAUCAUUAUACAUGGCUGUGUCUUGGCUAUUUGCAUGGUACAUUCUAAAAGUACAUUUUAAAGUAGUUAUCAAAGUUAUUUAACUUUCUUUAGUGUGUAUACGUUUAUAUUAUUAUUUAGAAAAUCAAGUCAGUGUGUUGGAACACCUCCAGUGAAGCCAUAUUAGGCUGUGGCAUAACUGUUAAAUUCAAAGCAUAGUAGGCAGAAGAACCAUUUUUAUUUUAGGCAUUAAAGUAUGAAAUGUUUUAGUAGGAUGUAACUUGUAAAAGAAAUAUUUGUGAACAGUCUCACUGAGAAAAGUCUGAUAGUAGUAUGGCCUGUUAGAGGUACUGCAGUUUAUUUCUUCCAUUGUUAAUUAAGAGACUUACUGGCCCUAACAUGUAUUGUACAGGAAGUUUCAUUUUUGCAGUAGUAAAGAUUGUUUUGUUCAAAGUGCAUAGAAGACAGUAGCAGCAUUUGCUGUGGUAGAGUACACCUGUGCAGGGUCUUUGCUUACAGGUUACGGUGUGACUAAGUAUUUUUUACCCUGGCAUAAUUCCUCACCCCAUGCAUUCCUGGUGUCUGUAUGUGUGCCACUUAAGCAGGGCACCCAGUACUGGCCCACAAGGCUGUGUGUGCUACUAAGCAUACCAGUUUCUAAUGGCAGUGUAUGAGCACUGCCUGGCAUGGACAGACGCAUGCCACAGAACCAUACUGCUGCCGCAGCAUCCUCUACCUCACCUGUGGAGGUCAGUGAAGCAGCAGAAUACCUUCCUUUCCUGCACCACUUCCUCCGGUGCAUGGGUUACUAAUUGAACCAGGGUCAUCUAGGUUGUAAUCAGGGCUUUAUUCCCUUAUUCCAUGGAUCUGACUUAAAACAAUAACACUGGACCAACUGUCAUUUUAUUCAGAGUGCCAUUUCCAUAUACUGAAUUCAACCAAAACUCCACCAAAGCAUAUUUGAUCAGACUGUCACUGAGCAGGUAACUUACUAACCAUUUCUGUUUUUGCAUGUCUCUGUAUAUCUGUUACUCAAUUCAAAACGUUCAGCUAAAGGAAAUGUGUGUGUUUUAUUCACUCGUUUUCCACAGUCAUUACACAUGUCCAUAUUCAGUUUGUUAAGACUGUCUUGUCAGCUACUGUCACUGAGAAAUACUGCAUCAUGGAGUGAUGAAAAUCCAUAUACUAAUUAUAGAAAUUUGGCAGGUUUUUUUUUUUUUUUUGUCAAUUUGAAAUUCUGUUUUUUUUUACUGUUAUGUGACAGCCUUCAAACGUAACUGCUUGUUUUGUAUAAAACUGAAAUAUUUUUGCUACAUAUAAGCAGUUUUGUUUUUGUGUAAUUCAUCUCAGUAUCUUUAUGAAACAAAAUUCAGUUGUAUAAAUGGGUGUAUAUUUAUACUCUGCAAAAGCACUGUUUUGUUCUCUGCAGUAUGUUUUUUUAGUACUGUGUGUAAAAUGGAUUUUGAUUAUGUAUUCAGGUUACAUGUAGUUUGUGUGCUUCAAGCCAUUUGUUAAAAUGCAUGUAUAUUUUAGCAGAAUAUUACAGCAGAGCAAAAUACCAGUUUACCUGUAACAUGAAGGAUAAUGAAAUGAGUUAGCUAUUAAAAUAAAUCAAGAAAUACAAGUCACAGAAACUGAUUCCAGCUGAAGACAAAAGCUUUUGGCUUCUUGCCAGAAAAAUUCCAUGUGGUUACAACCAGAGUAGCUAAUUUACAUAAUCCAAGCAAGGUACAAAAGGUAUUUUGAUUCUGGAUUACUAGUUUUGAGGUUUAACAUAGCACUGUGAUAUAUUUAGGCUCAUGCUACAUAUAGGAGGAUACGUUUGUGUCACAAGGCACAAAUCAUAAGUAAGAUUAAACUGUAGUGUACUUAAUAACUUUAAUAGUAUGUGCUUUUUACACUAUAUUUUAUUACUUGUUUUAUAAAUAUUUUUUUUAUUUUAUAAAUAUCCAUUUUUGUAUUCCAAAGAACAGUUUUUGAAUUAAACAGCCUAUGUGGAUAA